UUUACAUGAAGGACACAGGCUCGUACCACUUGUACAAUCUCUCCCUUGCGCUCGUUCUCCUCACGUCGUCUCAGGUUCUCCUCUCUCCGUUUCCUUUUCUCCUGUGGAGGUAGUGGGACAAAGUCACUGCAAAGCGUACUGGUGCACCAGUUGCUUCUCUCGCUUGGCUGCCAUCUUCUUCUCCCAGGAGGUGCACAGUGCUGUGUCUCUGACCAAUGCCGAGAACCUACAAACAUCCAGUAGCAUGGCAUAAGCUUUCCUCAGUAUUUAAAAUUGAUCACUGGGUGUUUAUUUACUCAAGUGCAGAGAAAACCUGGUGUUAGUUUGAUGUAGGAGGAGUUUUAGAUGCUUGUCUGAACUCUCCAAAGUAGUCCGCAUGUUUAGGGUUCCUUUAUAAGCAUUAUGUUGAUUAUGCAGUUCAGUUUUGCAUGUGAUGCAGGGCUGAAGGACCAUGCUUAACAUGUACCGUAUAGAUCAAGGGUCUCAAACACACGGCCCGUGGGCCAAAUGUGGCACACAGGACACUAGUUUGAGGCCCCCGCCUUGAUAUGAAAGUUUAAUGUUAGUGUGGCCCGCGCAAGUUUGAUAUGGAUGCUGUAUGGUAUCAUGUACCCAGAAAAAAUGAUUACGUUUGAUUAAUGUUCAUGUUAAAGGUUAAAUAACUGUUAAUAGUUAUCCUCCAUAUCCGUGUGGAAGUGGUAAGUUUUUGGCUUUUUAAGUUUAAAGGAAAUAACUUGAAGGCUACCAUUUAGGUCGCUAGCUCUCUAGUUUGCGAGUUAGCGUGUGUCUCAAGACCCUGCAGUUGCGCAAUAUGUUGUAAAUAAAAAGAGUAUAAAUGUGACUAUAGUCGUGUUUUGUCAUGUCUACAGGGCUCUAAUAAUGCUUUGUUAAUCUUAAUCUGAAAAAAUAAUUUGUCUACCCACCAACUACACGUGGUUUCUUAAGUUUUUAUUAUUUGCUGUUUUAUUAUUAUUAUUAUAUUUAUUUAUUACUGAUUGCUUGAUUUUCUUUAUUCUUGAUUUGUUUAUUUUAUUUCUUAUUUUGUGUAGAAAAAUAAAAAUUAAGAUAUUUGAGAACAGUGAAAUGUUUUAUCAGAGCUUUUCUUGUAGAAAAUCGGAACCAAAGCAAAGUUUAUUCAUUUUUCUGUUUUUAAUAAAUGUGUUUUUUUGUUGUUUUUUUUUGGAAAACCUGAUGCGGCCCAGCCUCGCCCAGCCUCGCCCAGACCCUACCCUAGCUCCAGUGGCCCCCAGUUAUAGAAGAAGCGGAAACGGAUUGUGACGAAGAUUCAUCAUGUCGCUUCUGAGACAUGGAAGCUUCCUACUGCUGCUGCUCAGUCAUGAACUCUCACUCUCCGCUUCUCGUUCCUUCAGCGUGGACUACCAAAACGACUGCUUUCGCAAAGAUGGAGAAAGGUUUCGCUACAUCUCGGGAAGUGUCCACUACAGCAGGAUCCCCAGGGCCUACUGGAAGGACAGGCUGCUCAAGAUGUACAUGGCGGGCCUGAACGCCAUUCAGACGUACAUUCCCUGGAACUUCCACGAGGAGUCUCCAGGCCGAUAUAGCUUCAGCGGGGACAGAGAUGUGGAACAUUUCCUUCAGCUGGCUCAAGAUGUUGGACUACUCGUUAUCCUCCGACCAGGGCCGUAUAUUUGUGCUGAGUGGGACAUGGGCGGACUGCCUGCCUGGCUUCUCCAGAAGAAAGACAUUGUACUGCGGUCUUCAGAUCCAGAUUACAUCGCAGCAGUGGAUAGAUGGAUGGGAAAGCUCCUGCCAAUGAUGAAGCCUUACCUCUAUCAGAACGGCGGCCCCAUCAUCAGUGUACAGGUGGAGAAUGAGUAUGGCAGUUACUUUGCAUGCGAUUACAACUACAUGCGCCACCUCACCAAGCUAAUGCGGUCUUACCUCGGCGAGGAGACGGUGCUCUUCACCACAGACGGCGCCGCGCUCGGCUUCCUCAAGUGUGGCACUAUUCAAGGCGUCUACGCCACUGUCGAUUUUGGCGCAGGUUCCAAUGUAUCGGCAGCAUUUGAUGUACAACGAUACGCUGAACCUCACGGACCCUUGGUGAACUCUGAAUACUACACCGGUUGGUUGGACCUGUGGGGCUCGCCUCACUCUGUUGUUUCGUCCACAAAAGUGGCCAAGACCCUCAAUGAGAUCCUGGCCGUAGGGGCAAACGUCAAUAUGUACAUGUUUAUAGGAGGGACCAACUUUGGAUACUGGAAUGGUGCCAUUGCACCAUACAGUCCUCAGCCUACCAGCUACGACUAUGACGCUCCACUCACUGAGGCCGGAGACCUCACUGAGAAGUACUUUGCAAUCCGAGAAGUGAUCAAAAUGUACCGGAAAAUACCAGAGGGGAAAAUACCGCCAUCAACUCCAAAGUAUGCAUACGGGGCUGUUAAAAUGAAGCUGCUGCAAACCGUGUCCGAAGCCUUAGAGACUCUGUCCUCUGGCCCAGUGGAGAGCAUGUUCCCCCAGACGUUCACUGACCUCAACCAGGUGUUUGGCUAUGUACUCUAUAGGACCGAGCUACCAGUAGAUUGCAGCACGCCGACGCCGCUGUCGUCGCCGCUAAACGGUGUCCGUGACCGAGCGUAUGUGUCGGUUAAUGGGGUGGCUGCUGGGAUUCUUGAAAGAAACAAAGUCCUAACCAUUAAUGUGACAGGAAAAGCUGGGAGUCGAGUGGACGUGCUGGUGGAGAACAUGGGCCGCAUCAACUACGGAAAAAACAUUAAUGAUUUUAAGGGCCUUGUAUAUAACCUGACUUUGGGCAAUGUUGCACUAAAAGGAUGGACCAUGUACAGCCUCAGUAUUGAUGAAGCUGUCAACCAGGGUAUCUUCUGGGAAACUAUUACAUCAUCUGACCCACUUCCGCCAACUGCACUAUCACUUCCGGCUUUCUAUGGAGGAAGUUUCAUCAUUCCUGAUGGCAUUCCAGACCUACCUCAGGAUACCUACAUUAGCCUGCCUAAAUGGCGAAAGGGUCACGUUUGGAUCAAUGGCUUCAACCUGGGACGCUACUGGCCUUCAAGAGGCCCUCAGGUGACUCUUUUUGUUCCCGCUGCCAUCCUCAGCACCGACGCCCCCAACAAUGUGACAGUCCUGGAGCUGGAAGCUGCUCCCUGCCUCUCCGGUUCGUGCACAGUGGAUUUUACGACCACACCCAUCUUGAAUGAAACAGUGAAGUAUCACCACAAGCAACACUGGGCAAAGUUUAGAGUGGAUUUGUUUGGGCAUUAAAGGAAGUUGCCGCUUCACAAUGUGCACCUCAACAAUGAUCAAACCACUAAACCACUCACUAUGUGAUUGAUUGUAAAAAAAAUAAUUAAGUGUGUCUUCACAUAAAAUAUUAAUACUACAUAAAUGUUUGAUAUUUAGGGAUUAUUUUGCCAAAUAAAAUGUCUUAUUUGUUUUUUUUAUUAUAUUUUUAAAGCAAAAGCAUCAGGGAAGUACAUGCAUUUGUCAACCUUUAAUAAAUAUGUGAUUAUCAUGC